AAUGGCUACUUUGAAUCCGAUCAAGAAGAAGAAAAGUGAAAGAAAAUUGGCGGCUUGGGGAGUUUUUAAUACGUAUUUGUUUUUUGGGAAUAAUUAUAUUCGUUCAUAUUCCUAGAAAAUUUUAAGAAACUAAUAUUGUGAGUGGUGUGGUGCAUACAAAAACUUAGAAAAUUGUGUAUCGUUAUACCUAUGAUUAGAUCUUCGGAAUUUCAUCGGCCAAAAAUUAUCAUUGUAGGGGUUAAUCCUAAUUGCUGCAUUAAAUUACGCUGUAUUAAAACAGAUUUCAACAUAAAUAACUUUCACUGGAUGAAUGCUACUGCUAAAAAAGUGUGGUUUGUAAAGACUCGUUGGUGCGAAACUGUAAUAAAUGUAAGGAAACAACUCGACCUAUACCUCAAACAAAAAAAGGUUGAGCAAAGUAAGCUACUCGCAGAAAUACGAGGGCAAAAAAUAAAAACCAAAUGGUUAAAAGGUGUGCGCAAUCGUCUAACAAACAGGAUGCGCAAAAAGAGUGUAAAAAGCUUACGGUAAAAGUAAAAAGAAUAAAUGUAGACAAAAAACUUUGCUAUUCAAAGGAAAAAGAACGAAGCUCUCAUAAGAAACAUGAGUGUGAACCAAAAAAAUCAGCAUUAUCUGGAUGUGCAAUCGCAGUAGCAUUGCAGGAUCAAUGCACCACUAAAUUGAGUGAAGAGACUACUAAGUCAAAGUGUCACGACCCAAAGUCAUUUAAAAGAGCAGUGGUAAGAUUAAAACGCCUUAAAUUUGACACCAUUACCAGGCUAGCACCCACUGAUCUAUCAAGAGAAUCAGCAUUAUUUGGAUCUUUAACCGCAUUGAAUGUGCAAGGUGAGUACUCCUCAAGCUUGUGUAAAGAGCCUAAAGAAGCAAAUCAUCAACUAACAUCGGUUAAAAAGGUAGUGGUAAGGUUAAAACGCUUCAAAUUUAUCAGACCAUUGGCAUCUGCUUAUCAAGCAAGAGAUAAUAUUAAUUAUCAAGUAUCUGGAUACUCAAAGCUUAGAAGAGAGCCAAAAAAAUCAAUACAACCUAAAGUCACAAAAUCGGAUAAAGAACAGACAAUCAGUAUUCUACAAAGGAAUUGCAAACAAUUUAAAUCUUCAAAACUACCCGAAAAUUUAAAAAAAGUCGAAAAGGUGACUGACACUAAGAUGAAGACCAGAUUUCAAGAUAAAAUUUCCAAAGGGCUGGAUUUAACGCCGAAAUCAAAAGAAAGGCCCAGUCAGAAAGCGUCUAUAUCAAAAAAUGUGCCAAAAAAAUCAAUACAACCUAAAGUCACAAAAUCAGAUUGCAAACAAUUUAAAUCUUCAAAACUAAACGAAAAUUUAAAAAAAGUCGAAAAGGUGACUAACACUAAGAUGAAGACCAGAUUUCAAAAUAAAAUUUCCAAAGGGUCUGAUAUAACGCCAAAAUCAAAAAAUACGCCCAGUCAGAAAGCGUCUAUAUCAAAUAAUGUGUUCCGUAAGCAGCAUGGCCUAAUAAUGGAUUUAGUUAUGACCCCAGUGACAGACACUAAGAUGAAGACCAGAUUUCAAAAUAAAAUUUCCAAAGGGUCUGAUAUAACGCCGAAUUCAAAAAAUACACCCAGUCAGAAAGCGUCUAUAUCAAAUAAUGUGUUCCGUAAGCAGCAUGGCCUAAUAAUGGAUUUAGUUAUGACCCCGGAUGAUCGUAAUAAUUUGAAUAAGCUAAGUUUAAGGAAAAGGACAAGUAAGCGGAUUUCAGCAGAUGCUAACGCCACAAAAACACUUGAAACCAUCCGAUUUAGUCCUGUAAGAAAUUCAACUACAUAUGCGAUAGAUGUAGGAACGUUGAGCGAAGAAAUGUGCAAUGAAGAAUCUCUAAAUUUGACGAGGAGAAGUCAGGAUAGAAGUGGGCCAAAUAAAGAUACUUCUAAUUCAGAAGGAAAUCGGAUACCCAAAAAUAUCGCAAAUAAGCCCGAUUUGAUAGAGCAAUUACUUUGUAGCGAUGAAGAGCAACAAACACACACAAGAGAAGAACGAAAUGAAAGAAACGAAAGCCAGGCAACAAAGCCCGUAAAUAGAACGCAUAAAUUUUUUCACCGUUCGCCCAAAACUCAACCACAUUCGAAUAAACUACCAGCUGAGUCGGAAAAUAUUUUUGAGUUUUUAUCUCAAUCCGAUACUUCGAACACCCAAAUAGAUAAAUGCAAAGACCCAGCGGCGGAUAUAAUAAAAAAAAUGAUAUCUGAUGGGAAGGUGCGUGUGGCUGUUAAUAAUAAGGGGACGGGCCGACCUAUUUUGAAACGAUGCCAACGAAAAAAUCGACGGAAGAAACAGAUUGGACGUAAAAAUAAAGCAUCGCAGGAGAAAGAUUCCUCCAAAAAAACUGUCGCACCCACUAUUAAAGAUGGUGUGCUUGAAAGUGAAGUUCAUAACAAUUAUGACAAUGACGAUGAUAAUGGUAGUCAAAAUUUGAAUGAUCAUCUAAGUUACUCUGCAACAAAAGAUGCGGGAGCAGACGAGCAUGUAAGUGACGGAGGCUUUAGCCGUUUAGCUCGCUCAGUGCUGUUGCAACAAACAAAGAAAUAUGAAAAUACUCACAUUAAGACCCUCGCUGAGAAACGACGCUUGCUCGAAGUCGCUCGUAAAUUUGUUAGUACGCCAGCAUCGAACCGGAUGAAGGGAAAUCUGGCUACAGCCGAUAUAUCACCUAUUCAAGCACCCAGCAUGCAAGGUCGCCCAGUGUGUCCUUCACCGUGGCGAAUCGACGAAGAUUUGCAUCUGCCGAGUGUAUUUAAUUUCACCAAAAAUACAUCGUAUUUGCCGACAUUUUCGAGUGAUUAUAUUCCUGCAACUCCGAAAAAGAAUAAAUCAAAUAAUAGUUCCCAAUUGUGUAAUGAGACCAAUGUGCCAAUUGAGAAGUCUCCAGUAACAAAGCAGGCCAAUUUAACCAACAUACCGAAUAAUAUAACAAGCAGUGAUUCGAGUGGAUGCUUGCAAGGCUCACGAGGAAAUGACUCGAAUGCAGAAAAUAUGCCGCCAACAGAGGUAACUCCUGCCCGAAAUCUAUCGAACAACGAUGAGAAUGCCGUCAUAUUCAAUGAAUUGCCUAAUCCCCGGCGGACACUCAAAUACCGAACCCCACUCAAAGCCAUUAAUGUAAUAGAAGUUAUAAAUUUGCCGCCGUGGAAAAAACCAACGAAUAGUGAUGGUCAAAACGAAAAAAACGUUAAAACAGUUACCUUUGAUAGUAACAAAGAUGAUGAAACGCAAAAUGCGGACGAUUUAUUUGGGUUCGAGGAAUUUUUAGAUCAAAGCUCUGAUAAUGAUGAGGUUUCAAAUGCAGCCAAUAAAACAGUGGCGAAGAGGAUAUCAACAAAACGAAACUUACGCAAAAAACUCAAGGAAUUAAAAAAGUGGCGACCAAAAGACACCGUUCGUGAUACAUCCAACGCAUCCGAAAAGCCGCCUUUUGUAUUUAACGAAAAUGGAGACAGACCGAAACAGCGGCUUAUUAAGGAAAUGCUCUGCUCUACCAUGAUUAACCAAAUGCAUGACAAACGUCCUGGAAAAGAUGAAAGAAUAGAAUGUAAUAGGGAAGAGGGUGAUGUGCAACCAAUUGAAACAGAUUUUUUUAAUGACUAUGAGCCGGAAGAUUCAUUUCAGAAAAAGCCACAGCGGACCUAUGCCCGACCUGUAAAGCGAAAACGCAAAGCUGUGAAAAAUUUCGUUAUGUUUCUUGACAGUGAGGAAUCUAAUUCAGACUCUGAAAAGGACGAGCACAAGCAGAAAAAAAGGGUUCAAAAGAAGAAACGACAGGCAGCACACGAUGAGCCUGAGGUAAAUCCUCAAUUGGAAUCUUUUGUGAGUGAAUUCAACAGCAUGUGCAAGGAAGUGGAAAACUACGAGCUGCUUGUGGAAUAGUGUAAACAUAUACAAUAUAAUUUAUAAUUUAAGCUUUUAUUACUUGUAAUGCAUGAAUAUAUGUAUGUAAAUGUAUUUUUAUUUGCCUUUUAAAGGUAUUUCGGUAUUAUAAAUUUUCAUUUUUGUGGAUAUACACAUAUAUUUCUUUAACGUCGAACAUCGCAAGUCUGUGGACAUAAAUGCACAUAAAAAAAUAAAUCUAUGAUCAACUUAUCGGCAAACUA